CUACCGGAUGAGUCAUUUUGGGAAAGGUGACGCGUACCCGGUAGUUCAAGUAAAUCAGGUAUUUUUUUAUCAAAAUGGCGGACGAAGAUGGUGAUACGAUUUUUGGUAAAAUAAUUCGAGGAGAUAUUAAAGGCCCUCCAUUUUUACAUGAAGAUGACAAGUGUAUAGCCCUGAAGGAUAUACACCCUCAAGCCCCAAUACAUUUCCUCGUCAUAUCCAAGCAAGAAAUCAAGACGAUUGAUAGCAUAAACGAAACACAGAAAGAGUUACUUGGACACAUGAUGUGGGUAGCGACAAAGGUUGCUAAGGACCAAGGUGCUACUAACGGUUACAGAAUUGUCGUGAACGACGGGAGCGACGGUGGACAACAUGUUUUUCAUCUUCAUUUACACGUGCUUGCUGGGAGAAAAAUGUCAUGGCCACCGGGAUAAUAGAUAACAAACAAUUUUUUGUUAAAGUAGUCAUUAAUACAAGUCAUCAUAGACUACUUGGAUACGAGCUGAUAUUUUUGUUUAAUUUCAUUUUUCAUUCAUAAUUUAUUAAUUUUGAUAAAAAAAUGAACGCAUUUAUUCCAUUUAUUGUAUCAAAUUCACAGUGAGCGCAUGAAAACUUGGUCAAUAUCGGUACUUUCCGUAUUUCGGAAGUAUUUGACUCGGAAAAAAAAAUGUUGGCGAAUACCUUAAUUUAUAAAAAGAAUAAUAAACUGAAUAAAUAAAUACUAGUAAAAAUGUACAACUUCUAUAUACCCUAUCAUUAUGUGAUCAAUAAAUAAUGAAAUUAUGAA